AUGGUAGCACCGUCGGUUCGCGCAUUAUUGAUUGAUCUGAGUGGCACCCUACACAUAGGGAAAGAUGCCCUGCCUGGUGCAGUGAACGCUCUCCGGCGGGUCCGACAAGCAGGUAUCCCCGUUAGAUUCUGUUCCAAUACCUCAAAGGAAUCAACCUCUUCCCUAGUCAGGUCUCUCGACAAAAUGGGGUUUGAAAUUGAAUUACAUGAAGUCUUUACAAGCUUAGGGGCUGCGCGUGAGAUCGUACGUAGACAGAAAUUAAACCCAUUCUUUUUGAUUUCAGCGUCGGCAAUGGAAGAAUUCCCUGAGCACCGAAGGUCUCACAACGUUUAUAACCAUGAUGCCGUAGUUGUCGGGCUCGCUCCCGAAGAACUGAGUUAUGACAAUAUGAACAUUGCGUUUCGAAUAUUAACCGGAGAGCGUCCGAAUGAUACGACGGCGUGCGGCAAAGACAGAAUUCACAACCCUGCACCGCUGAUCGCGAUGCAUCGAGCGUCGUACGUUCGGAGCCCCGACGGUGCUCUAUCUCUUGGGCCAGGUCCGUUUGUGACGGCUCUUGAAACGGCAGCAAACGUCAAGGCACAUAUUCUUGGCAAGCCGACCCGCCGGUUCUUCGAGACCACUCUCGAAAGCCUUUCGAGGGAUGGGAUCGAGAAAGAGGUGUGGAUGAACGCGCACCCGGGGCAUAGCGAUUCCCCAUCCCGGUGUAUUGUAAUAAUUGGAGAUGAUGUUAACAACGAUUUAGGCGAAGGCGCAGUCGAACUUAAUCUCCGUCGUGUCUUGGUGCGGACGGGGAAAUAUCGCAAAGGAGAUGAGGAAAAAGGGGGACCGGACGUCCCACGUCCAGAAACGUUUGACUCUUUUGCUCAUUUCGUAGAUGCCAUGUUGGGUCGUGAGUCACCAUAG